ACAAAACAUCCAGAAAACUCCCGCUGGCCCCCGCACCUCUCUCAGAGCCUCCGUCCGUCGGGCAGCAGAGCAGCCUGAGCUGGGGCCCGCUCGGCACAACGCGCAGCCCACCGCCCCGCCAUGCCGCGCCGCCUCUGCGCCCUGCUCCUGCUGGCCUCCCAGUGCCUGGGUCCGGCCGCCGGGCUCUUCCCCUUCGGGGAGCCCGACUUCUCCUACAAGCGCUCCAACUGCAAACCCAUCCCCGCCCCGAUGCUGCUGUGCCGAGGCAUCGAGUACCAGAGCAUGCGGCUGCCCAACCUGCUGGGGCAUGAGACGGUGCAGGAGGUGCUGGAGCAGGCCUCCACCUGGAUCCCGCUGGUGCAGAAGCAGUGUCACCCCGACACCAGGAAGUUCCUCUGCUCCCUCUUUGCCCCCGUCUGCAUCGACGACCUGGACGAGAUCAUCCAGCCCUGCCACUCGCUCUGUGAGGAGGUGAAGGAGAGCUGCGCGCCGGUGAUGUCUGCUUUCGGCUUCCCCUGGCCGGACAUGCUGGACUGCAGCCGCUUCCCCAAGGACAAUGACCUCUGCAUCCCGCUGGCCAGCAGCGACCACAUUCUCCCGGUCACCAGGGAAGCACCCAAAGUCUGCGAUGCGUGCAAGAACAAAAAUGAGGACGAUAACGACAUCAUGGAAAACCUCUGCAAAAAUGACUUUGCCUUGAAGAUAAAAGUGAAGGAGAUUGCCUACAUCAAUGGGGAUACCAAGAUCACCCCUGAAACAAAGAGCAAGACCAUCUACAAGUUGAAUGGGCUGACAGAAAGAGAUCUGAGGAAGAUCGUGCUCUGGCUAAAAGGUGGCCUCCAGUGUACCUGUGAUGAGAUGAACGACAUCAAUGUCCCCUACUUGGUGAUGGGGCAAAAGCAAGCUGGGGAACUGGUGAUAACCUCGCUGAAGCGGUGGCAGAAAGGGCAGCGGGCUUUUAAGCGGUUCUCCCGCAGCAUCCGCAAACUGCAGUGUUAGUGGCUUUGGCUGUGUUGGCUUCAGCAGCCUCCUCUGUCCCAAGCUCUCCAGACCUCCCCAGCCUUCUUUCUUCAGCCUCUCUGCGCCUUGAGAUGCCCUGGCCAGGAGACACAGCAACCGAUCUCCAAGAUGGGGAGAGCCCUCCAUUUCUGUACAUAGGUUAAAUGUAAUAAAAAUAUAUAUAUCAUGAUUAUUUUGGGGAAGUAUUAAACUAUCUCACUUAACAGUUGGUUUUUUUUUUUUUUUUUAAUGGUUACAAAUGUGACUCUUCUGAGGUUUUUCCCUCUUCAUUUUGGUAAUGCUGGUUCAUUUAUAUUGCUGCCUCUCUGUAUACGUGCAUGUUUGUCGUGCAAAAGCAGGAGACAGAAAGACAGAUGUGUGCGACUGGCCUGUCACAAGGGGUACGACUCUUUCACUGAGGUGAAAUGGCUUGCCAUCUAUAUUAAAUUUAUAAAAGUCAUGUUACAACUCUUGCAUGUGAUACAUAGGCACCAAUAAGGGUAUAUUAACCAUUCUCAAGUUUUAUUUUCCACAAGACUGAGCCCUUUUCUUAGGAGGAAAAAAAAAACAAAAUGAAAAGGUUUUGGAACUGGUUUAUCUGAAUGCAACUUCUUUCUUAUUAUUUUGCAAAUUAAACCAUCUGUAGCCUAACUGUAACAUACCUAGCGGUUAACCUGAAAGAGUUGUAAAAUAUUGCUUUAAUUAACCUUGUAAAUACUCCAGAUAAAUGUUAUAUUCUUGUAUAUAAACUUUACAUCAUA